GAGGAAAAACACUAAAGGGGUAGCUAUGGAGAUGGAGCGUUUUCCUGGCUGCUUUCUUUGACAGGUGUUGAGUGGGGCAAAAGUCUUAAAACAGAAUCCAGCAUGUACGCCAAAGGUAAAGGAGCUGUCGUCCCUUCCGAUAGCCAAGCGAGAGAAAAGUUAGCUUUAUACGUGUACGAGUAUUUGCUGCAUGUCGGCGCACAGAAAUCAGCACAGACCUUCCUGUCAGAGAUCCGAUGGGAGAAGAACAUCACACUUGGGGAACCUCCAGGAUUUUUACACUCAUGGUGGUGUGUAUUCUGGGAUCUGUACUGCGCCGCCCCGGACCGGAGGGAGACAUGUGAACAUUCCAGCGAGGCCAAGGCUUUCCAUGACUAUAGUGCGGCGGCGGCGCCCAGUCCAGUGAUGGGCAACAUGCCACCCAACGACGGCAUGCCAGGAGGACCCAUGCCCCCGGGCUUCUUCCAAGGUCCCCCGGGGUCUCAGCCAUCCCCUCACACGCAGCCCCCCCCACACAACCCCAGCAAUCCCAUGAUGGGACCUCACGGACAGCCAUUCAUGUCUCCGCGGUACCCAGGCGGCCCCAGGCCUUCCCUCCGUAUGCCAAAUCAGCCCCCUGGGAGCAUCCCCGGGUCACAGCCCCUCCUACCAAACAGCCUGGACCCCACCAGACCUCAAGGACAUCCAAACAUGGGAGGUCCAAUGAGAAUGAAUCCCCCGCGAGGCAUGGGGGGCAUGGGCCCACAGAACUACGGCGGAGGAAUGAGGCCUCCUCCCAACUCCAUGGGGCCGGGGAUGCCGGGCAUGAACAUGGGUCCGGGUGGAAGAGGUCCAUGGCCGAACCCCAACUCCAACUCGAUAGCUUACUCAUCUUCAUCUCCAGGCAACUACGCGGGCCCCCCAGGGGGAGGCGGCCCGCCAGGAACUCCCAUCAUGCCGAGCCCCGGAGAUUCGACAAACUCGAGUGAAAACAUCUACACAAUGAUGAACCCCAUUGGCCCUGGUGGAAACAGACCUAAUUUCCCGAUGGGGCCGGGUCCCGACGGGCCCAUGGGGGGGAUGGGUGCCAUGGAGCAGCAUCAUAUGAACGGAUCACUAGGCUCCGGUGACAUGGAUGGGUUGCCAAAGAAUUCCCCCAACAACAUGGCAGGCAUGAACAAUCCUCCCGGCACUCCGCGGGACGACGGCGAGAUGGCGGGCAACUUUUUAAACCCAUUCCAAAGUGAAAGUUAUUCACCCAACAUGACGAUGAGUGUGUGAUUUUUUUUAUUUUAUUUUUUAUUUUAUUUCUUUUUCAUCUCCCCUUUUCCCCAAUCUCCCCCUCCCGUUCACCCCGGUGCGUCUUGCAUUACCCUCGUCUUCCCCUUCCUUCCCUCCUUCCUCCUCCUCUUCCUCCUCCUCCUCCUCCUCGUGGACGGUGUGCUGUGCCACACAGCCCCUGGGGAUGCACCUGGAAAGCAGGACUCCCCUCAAGGGCCCCCAUCCCAACGCCUGUAAAUGGGUUUAAGAACAUGAAACGACAGGAAGGGCCUCUCCACCGCUUCCUCUCCUUCGCCUGCCGGGCCCAGACGCGGGGCCCCGAGGACAGUGGGAGACCGAAACUGCUCUGAGCCCGUCUCCCCCGAACCCUGACCCGACCCCCCCCCCCCUCCCGCCCUCGUGACUGGCAUCCGAGCCCCGAACGAGAUGCCCCGCUGCAUCCACCACCGCUCCAUUAUGAGGGCAAAAACUCCUGUGUCAGGAAUGGGUAAAAAAAAACAAAAAAUUAAAUAAAAAUAAAAAAGAAUUGAGAAUGUUAUUCUGGGGCAAGAACUCAAUGUUUGUAUUUUUUUUUGUUGACUGUAAUAUUAUUGUUAUAAUUUUCAGAAUUGAUAGCAUUCUACUAAUGUAGUUAUGAUUUCCUGUAAAGGGCACAUUUUAUCGCAGCAGCAUGAACGGCAGAAUAAGCACACACUCGAAGAAUGCACAAUGAUUUCCUGUUUACAUGAUUUUUAGGUCGUUUCGUUCGUCUCUUCGUGUCCUUCGCCACGGUCCUUCUCUCACACACACGCGCGUCUCCUGGAAGCCUCGGCUCGGCUUGCAGCUCAGAGUAUUUGCCAUCUUAAUGUUCGUGGCACCGUUUGCAUAAAUGUUCAAAGUCUCAGCGAUCGGGAUGAUCGGCUCUCUCGUCCAAUAGUUUACUAUCUCGGCCUAAAACGCUCCACACAGUUAACACACUUUCUCUUUGUUGGUACAAAGUGUCUGCUGGUGAUCCUACGUCUACGUAUCUUGUCUUAAUUAGCGGCCCUUCUCUCAGUCUCUGUGUUUUCCCGCCUGGAAGCGGCUCUCAGGUGACGCUUUCCAUUCAGCAGCAGGCGGAGCACGAGAGCACCUCUUAUGGAUCUGGACUUGUCUGUAAAUACAACAUAUUUAGCUUGUAUUGUGGUUGUUUUAUUAUUUGUUAUUUACAAGUUGUCUGUGGUUCCUUCCCUUCCACCACCUUGUUUUCACACCUCACUGUGGCGUCCAAGUGGCACUGUUUUCCGAUCCCUCUGCCAAUGUCUCCUGUUUUUUGGGGAACGGGAGACGGUUCUGGCACCUCAGACGCACUCGUGAAGCAGGCUUUUCUUGCUCGGGGUGAACUCGGAGAUCCCCGUGCGGACGGGGUAAAUGGACCCAGAGCAUCGGGAGGACGCGGCAGCGACGCGCCGCGCAGCCACAUCGUUCUAAAGGCGGAGAACAGCAGCGGGACGCUUUUGUAACGGAUUUGUUUCCACGUGGAUUGUUCUCACCGGAUCAUUUUAAUUUGAAGUCUAUUCAACUGAGGAAAUGAAAGCCCGUAGAAUCUGCACGCGUGGUUCCGUACUGCGCUGUUUCAUUCGUUUGGUUCUGUGCCCUCGGCCCGAUCAACUCUCCGUCACUGUUUUUCGAAGGGACACGUUGUGUCUCACACGGCAGCACUCGCGUCACUGCAUCUGUGUGUACAGUGACGCACACCUCCCCUCUUCCCUCCCAUCCCUCACCCCCUCGGCCCCCAAACGUCUCCCCUUCCUUCUCUUUAAUUUUGUUUUUUUGUAAAUACUGUAUAAUGCAUUUUGAUAUCAUUGACAUGUUUUGAUAUGUCAGUCACUACCAAUGAAUACAGCUGAAAGUAAAUUAUAAAUAAAACUGUCCAUGUUUUUUUCAUAGAGAAAGGAUGCGCUGACUAUUUGGCUCGUGGGGCUAAAUUCCCAUUACAAAUGUGUAGCGUGCAGUAACACGGUAAUGAGCAGACCGUAUGCUAAAGGCGUGCACGGUGGGGAGGACAGGACAGAGAGAGGACAGGACAGAGAGAAGCAGACAAGCUGUGGCGUCCUCACUCUGCCCUCGUCUCCUUGUGUUUCAGUUCAAAUGUUACUAUUGGCUUUGAAUAAUCACGUUUUUCCAAAGGGCAUCUUCUCCCAAAAAAAACAAAAAAACAUGUGACCUCUAUUGCAGUUUUUAAUAUGAAGGAUUUUUAUCAAUUUAAGAAAACUUUUAAAAAGGUAAAAAUACUUAAGAGGACUUGAUUUUAAAUGAACUGUGUCCUUUGCUAUUGGCUCCUGUUAUGGCGUUGUACAGAUCGAAGCUCUCUCACUGAUCCUCUCUCCGUCCUCUGUGUAUAUCGAUCGUUGGCCAUCUCUGUACUUCUAUUGUGAUGUAUAAUACUGUACCAUUUGGAAGAGUUGCUGGUUAGGCGGGGUGGUCACGUCGAGUCAGGGAGGGGUGGGGAUAUAAACGAUGCUCCUGUACCAUCCACGACCCUUUCUGAUGACACGGCAGUAUUCGAUAUGAAGCAGUCUGUCUCUUGGGUUUGCUUUGUAUUUUCAUGGUAGGGUAGUUCAGAAUCUUGUCUUAGGGACUUAGGUGUCUUGUGUAGGUAAUAAAGAUGUUCUUUGUAUGUUUCUUUAUAUUGUAAAGUUUCUUUAGACUGAAAGAAAAACAGAUGAUUUGCUUAUCAAAAAAGAAACGAUGCAUCAAUAAUAAAUGUCAUUUGAUUUUU